UUAAUCUUCUUAAUCCCAAAAAAAAAAAAAAAAAAAAACACAAGUCGCUGUCAUGUCUGGGAUGUUAGGGUUAAGCGCCGUCAUGGGAAAACGGCCGAAGCAGCAAGUCACCGCCCGUCCAAGGAAGUGUCCAAUAGAAAAACCGGAGGAGAUACCAGAUGAUCUCUUGAUUGAUGUUUUCUCAAGAUUGUCCAUUGAAGACGUUGCAAGGUGUCGUUGCCUGUCGAGGUUUUGGUCUUCCAUACUACGUCGUCGAUAUUUCACGGAACUGUUCCACAAAAUGUCAUCGACCCGGCCUCGUAUACUAUUCACCUUCCUUUACUAUGGUAAGCGACUCUUUUACUCCAUGCCUCAAGAUCUAGACCCCAGCAACCACUACUCGCCUCUACCUUAUUUUUCGAUAUCAUACUCUCCUAUAUCUGCCCAUUACCAGAUGCAUUUCCCUAAAGUUCUGGGUGCUUCAGCAAAGGUGUGUCCCCCUAUACUUGGCUUGAUCUGUUGCAAAUCUAGUAAGACGAUGAUUUUUAACCCUAGCACAAGAGAGUCAAAGUUCAUUUCAACAACGAAGAGGGUUGGCGUGAAGAGUACUUCAUUUGGGUAUGAUCCUAUCGACAAGCUAUUCAAGGUAUUGUCCAUGUCCGAUGAUUUUGUGUGUCGAGUUUCAACAUUAGGAACGGAAGUAGUGACUUGGAGAACGGUCGAAUGUUCGGUACCCCAUCACCCUUUACAUAGUGAGAUAUGCAUGGAUGGGGUAUUGUAUUAUUUAGCUAGGCGUGUGGGCGAUGAAACUCCAAAACCUUAUAUGGUAGCAGCCUUUGAAGUUAGAUUGGAGAGAUUCAAGUUUCUACCAAUGGAUCUCAGAUGUAAACACAUUGGUUGUUCAGCAGUCAUAGAUUACAAAGGUAAGUUGGCCGUAGUAUGGCUAAAUGUGGAUCGUGACAAUCAACGACACAUAGAAAGUUUUGAGCUGCGUGUUCUAAAUGAUGUUGAUGAAGUGAAAUGGUCUCAAAUUAUUUACGAAUUGCCAAAUUAUUGGAAUAAUCUACCUGCGGAUAUCGACGUAUCCAUUGUUGGGAUGACUAGUGCAGGUGAAAUUGUGUUGGCGACAAGCCAUAUACGGCAUCCUUUCUACAUCUUCUACUACAGUACCGUGACUCUUGCUAUAGUACAACUUCGAAUCGAUUUCGGAAUUGAAGCUCCGGAGGCUAAUCACUGCUCAACGAUGUCGACAUUUGUAAACCAUGUGGAGAAUGUAGAGCUAGCUUGUGGAUUAGGUCUUUCUAGCAUAGCCAUGUAGCUUGCCUUCUAAGGUUGCAUCCAUCUUGUUCGGUUAUUGUUUGAAUGUUCUAUUUAUGAUUGUUUGUUGUAAGCUAUGUUUUAGCUAUUUGAACUUUUCUUGUUAUAAGCUACUUUAAAGCUAUUUGAACUUUUCUUGUUGUAAGCUACUCUAAAGCUAUUUGAACUUUUAUAUUCUUG